UGCCCAGCUUUCAAACUCGUUUCCAGCCAUCGCGCGUCAGGUUUGGCGGUGUGGCUCAAUCGCACUCUUUCGCUCUCUGGCUCGCAUUUGAAGUUGCAGCUGCUACAACAGACGUCGAAGUCGCGCAAAUCGGAGAAAACACUGUAGGACUUUAACUACGGCACACGGCGUGUGUGACAGCGCGUUAGAAUUGGCGCUUCGAUUGACGCAGGUUUUGGGCAACGGGCCGAUUUUUCGGGGGGUUUUGGGGGGUUGGAAGUUGGGGGGAUCUUGUGGAGUGGUGGAUUGGGGCGAUGAUAGAGUUGGAAUGUGUGUGGCCGCUUCGAUGUCGCUCUGAGAGGAGCGUAUUGUGAGCAGGAACACGAGACGGCACGUGAGGCGUUGGUUUUGGGGUGUUCGAACGAAUUCUCUGUGAGUCUUUUUUUUUUUUUUUUUUUUUUUUUUUCUGUUUGGUCGUCGUUUUUGUUGUUCCACGCAACGCGAAUCAAACGGAAACUGCAUUUUCGAAUCCUGGAGCGUGUGAAGGCGAAGCAUCGGGCUUGGGAUGGUACUCCAGGGCCCGUCGUGGCUGGAUCUUCAGUUGCAGUUGGAGCAGGGCGAUUAAUGGAGGCGGAGAGGUCGAUUGAUGUAAAAUUAGGGUUUGACGAUAGGGUUUUGUGGGUUUAGAGAGCUGGGAGGAUGGAGAAUUAUCUGCACGAGUGUGUUCGGUCGUCUUUGCGUGCGUACUUGUACGCGAAUGCUACAUUCCUGUGUGAGCGCUUGUGUGCGGAGUUUCCCUCGGAGAGUAAUGUGCACUUGCUGGCAACGUGCUAUUUCCGGAGCAACAAGGCACACCAGGCUUAUCAUGUUCUGAAAGGUACCAAAUCGCGGCAAUGUCGAUACCUAUUUGCACUGGCGUGCAUGGAGAUGCAAAAUUUGGAAGAGGCGGAAGCGGCAUUGUUAAGUUCAUUGGAACCAGGUGCUGAGUCGCAGCCCAGUUCAGCAGCGAGCUAUUAUCUACUGGGCGUCAUUUGCAAGCAGUCGGAUCGAAGGCAGGGAGCAAUUGGGCAUUACACGCAAGCGUUGUCUCUGGAUCCGUUUCUUUGGUCUGCAUACGAGGAUUUGUGUGGCCUUGGAGCGGAAGAGGAAGCUGCCUCCGUGUUCAGCGAUGCAGCAAGUUUUCAGCUACAGAAAGUUGAGUUCCUCGGGCAAUUGAAUGCGAUGCAGAAUGAGCAUGAUGAUAAUGAUUAUUCGCUUCGUACCCCUGUGUCCAGCAAUGGCAGCCCUAAGCAUAGGAGGCUGCAUUCCGGUGGUGCUGUUAGCGAUGCAGGGAGUGCGUUCAUGACUCCAACGUCCGAGGGUAUGUGUACCCCUGCGCCUGUUCCGAACUUAGGGUUGGGACUUCCAGGACCGGGUCGUAGUACCAACCCGAGUGCUAGCCCUGCGGGAGGGGGAGCAGGUGAGGGAGUUGGAAGAGGAGGUGGAGGGACAGUUGGGUAUGCGCAGCAGCGACGGAAGUUUGUUGAUCCCGAUGGAAAAUUUCGUAAGAGCUUGCGAUCGCUUUCCAUGCGCCCAGGGUACACCCAAAUACCUGGAAGGCUCUUCGAGCAGGGGGCACCUAGAAGGAGUACAAGGUUGAACAUGAGUGGAGACUGUAAUGCUGCACAGGCACAGCAACCUUGCACUACGAGUAAUGUAGGCGCCACCACGAUGGGGUCAGGAGCCAAUGCUGGAGGAGUUGUUGCGCCCGUGAGAGGCGGAGGUACCGGAGUCACGCCCUCGCGGAUAACCAUAUCUCGGAAGCAAGCUGUGGGCAUUAGCGUGGACGAUGGUAGGAAACUGUUUGACAGCUUCGAGGUUUCUGGAGGCGUGGACGAGGGGCUGAGUAAUUCCAAAUUGGAAGGUGCGGAAGAGGAGGCACCACUGUCAGCUCGAUGCAUCUCGCGUGGAGCUUCGGAAUUAUUCCAGCUGUUACGGAUUUUGGGGGAAGGGUAUCGUCAUCUGUGCAUGCUUCGUUGCCAAGAAGCUGUUCAAAGCUUUUCCAAGCUACCUCAACAGCAUUUUGCGACUGCCUGGGUGCUUUGUCAAGUGGGAAGAGCGUACUUGGAAAUGGUUAAUUAUGCUGAGGCGGAGCGUGUAUACAGCUGGGCGCGACGUGUCUCCCCACACUGCUCAGAGGGAAUGGACAUGUAUUCAACAGCGCUUUAUCAUAUGAAGAAAGAUGUGCAGUUGAGUUAUUUAGCACAAGAUGCCGUUGCUAUGGACCGGUUGUCGCCGCAGGCAUGGUGUGUGAUGGGGAACUGUUUUAGUUUGCAGAAGGAUCACGAAACUGCAUUGAAGUUCUUCCAACGAGCUCUUCAGUUAGAUCCGAAUUUCACUUACGCACAUACUCUUUGUGGGCACGAAUAUGUAGCGAUGGAAGAUUUUGAGGAGGGUCUCACCUGCUACCGCAAAGCUAUUCGGCUCGAUUCCCGUCAUUACAAUGCUUGGUAUGGACUGGGUACUAUCUACUUUCGGCAAGAGAAGUAUGAGCUAGCUGAGUACCACUUUCGAAGAGCUCUCUUCGUGAAUUCCCGCUCUUCGGUGUUGCAUUGCUAUCUGGGCAUGGCAUUGCAUGCACUGAAGAAGAAUGGCGAAGCUUUGGCUUUGUUGGAGCAAGCAAUAGUUGCAGACCCGAAAAACCCUCUCCCAAAGUUUCAAAGAGCCAAUGUGUUGAUGAGCGAGGGACGUUGCCAUGAGGCGCUGGCAGAGCUGGAGGAGCUGAAGGAACUAGCUCCACGGGAGAGUAGUGUCUUCUUUCUGAUGGGUCGAAUAUACAAGCGAUUAGACAUGCUAGAACGUGCUAUCCAUCAUUUUUGCAUUGCUCUAGACUUGAAGCCAUCGGCUACGGACGUGAAUCUAAUUAAGACAGCCAUCGAGAAGUUGCCAAUUGCAGAUGAUCUCGAGGUUGAGAAUUUGUAGCCUUAUUUCAGCCUCCUCGCCUGGCUGUUGCGAAAGACCUGUUGACUUGAGAACUGUUUGGUCUUGGAGCACCUGUACAUUGUGUUCAUCUUUUAUUCUGGCCUGGAGCUGCUGUUUAGCAUGUGGCAGUUCUGCUUGUUGUUCAAAUCAGAGAACGACGAGUUCACUUCCAGGCCACCUUGAUUUAUUUGGCUCGUCUAUAUUCCCAGCCAUAUCAACUGAAUCCUCACUUUGGCCGUUCAGACAGCUAGCUUGCUUGUUUGCGUUAGACCGUUCACACUUUAACUAGGGUGGAGAGUUGUAUGCUUAUGUUACACUAGUUAGAAAAAGUUGAACUGGGAGGUGCCUUUUGUUUCUGACCUCUCUCAUGAAUAUCUUUGGACUGGGUGACACUUGGUGAGUUGUUUACUUGAUGAUAGUAGAGAUAUGGAGUGUUCAGGUACAUUUAGAAGAAUUAGUCAUGGACUUGCCCAAAAUAUCUGAUGUUUGGAUUCAAGUUUCAUUUUCUGUGGUAAUGUUUUUGAAUCUCAGAGGUUUGUUGGCAAGACUGAGUUGCGAGUUUA